AUGAAGACUGCGAUUCUACUGUUUUAUCUUCUGGGAUCAACUCAGUCAUUACCACUGAACCCUGCUUUGGGACUUCCUCCAGCACAGCUGGUUCCAGAUCAGACAAGCCUACUAAACCAACAGCAGCCCACUCAGGUCUUCCCUUCCUUAAGUCUAAUACCAUUGACACAGCUGCUCACACUGGGGUCAGAUCUGCAACUGCUAAAUCCUCCUCCAGGGAUGGCACCUGCUACCCAGACCCUCCCACUGACCCUGGGGGGAUUAAACGUACAACAGCAGCUGCAACCACAAAUGUUACCACUUAUUGUAGCACAACUUGGAGCCCAGGGUACUAUCUUAAGCUCAGAGGAAUUGCCCGUGACGCCGCACAUCUUCACAGGCCUCAUCCUGCAGCCUUUGUUCUCCGGAGCCAUCCUGCCCACCAGCCAGGCUAAUCCAGAAGUCCAGAACAGAAUCCUUCCUGCAGGACAAACAGGAGUAAAUCCUGCCAUUCAGGGAACCCCAGAGAACCCCUUCCCGACUCCCAGUGGCACAGAUGAUGACUUGGAAGUGACCACCCCCGCAGGCAUCCAAAGGGGCAUGCACAUUUCUGAGGAAAGCACCACGGGGUCCCCACAUGAACGAUCUCGGUUGGCAUCACCAGGCCCUGAGAGCACAGUGCAGGCCAGCGCAGCAGAUACCACUUUUCAAGAUGAAGAACUUGAUACUGAUCUUGUGCCUCCUGGAGACAAGUUCCGCAGUGCCGGUAAGUCUGAAUCUCCUAGAGUGUGUCCCAGCACAGACAUUGUUGGAUACCAAGCAAUACUGAAGGAUGUUGGCUGA